AUGUCGAUUCUAGCUGAGCCACGUCGGAAACAGAGGAUUAGUAUUGAUCCACAGAAUCUGACAUGGAAAAACGAUGAUCAAAAGUAGGGCUUUUUAUUUCAAUCCGUUUCACUUGUAGUCAAUUUGUAGAUUCUCGAAGAGACUUAUGGAAAAAAUGGGAUGGAAUGAAGGAGACGGUCUCGGAAGAAACCGUCAGGGUAGCGCCGACGCAGUCAAAUUAAAGGCGAAUAAUUCGGGAAAAGGAUUCGGAGCUGACAAGUUGACUGAUUACGACUCGACAUGGAUUUCGCAUCACGACGAUUUUGCCGAUCUUCUGGCGGCUCUCAAUAAAAAUAAGGAGCAGGAGCCGGAGCAGACGGAAGAGGAGAAGGCGACUGCCGCCGAGAAGAUUUCCAUCGAGUUGAAGAGCAAGUCGAUCCGACGUAGAAUUCAGUGAGUGAUGAGAAUUGGGAAUGAAACGUUUAGGGUAGAUUCUUUUCAGUUAUCAAAAAUUCACCCGAGCAAAGGAUACGACCAACUACACUGAAAGCCACAAAAAGGGAAUCCUGGGACUUGGAAGACUGAAAAAAGACAGAGAAGAGCAGGAAAGGGCGGCAGAGAAGAAUAAAGAAAAGAAGAAGGAAAGUAGUGACAGUCAGGACUCCGAAGAGGACAAAAAAGAAGGGAACAACACGGUGAGCACUCUUUCCGUCGGAGACUAUUUCGCCGCCAAAAUGGCUGGUCUAAAAGCGAAAAGAGAAGCGGCUGUUAUGAACGGAGAGAUCGAGAUCAAGAAGGAAAUCAAGGAAGAGGUCAUAGAAGAGGUGUCGGACGGAGAGAAAGCGAAAAGGAAGGCGGAAAAGAAAGAACGGAAGAGACUACGACGUGAACAAAAAGCAAAGGAACAACUGGAGGCUGAAGAAUUCGAGAUCAAAGAGGAGUUGAAGGAAGAGGAACCCGAGGAAAUCGAUGACGCCGAAAGAAAACGACUCAAGAAGGUUCGUGGCAUUCUGAAAUGUUUGCCCAAAAAGUCCCCUUAUUCUGCUCAUAUUCCUAAACACAAUUUUGAUCAAACUAGGCUCAUUUUCCUUAUCAAAAUUGUCAUCCAAACUGUCAUUUUGAUACUGCACUUUUUAGCAAUUUUAUAACUCCACUCGUCUGAAAUUUUUCCGUUUCCUAGUAAGCAACUGGGCAUAGGUGCGAGAUGUUUGAGAAACGCCAAAACAUUUUUCCGACCUGGCGGUCGGAUUGAAAUUUCCGAACCAGCGGCAAAGACCCUGCGCAAAAGAAUACCAACAAUUUUCAAAAAAUGUUUAUCCAAGCUUCGUUUUAUUGUAGUGGGUUCAAAUGAGUGGAAACUGAAUGAAUAUGACCAAAUGAAGUAAUGGAGACACUUGGGGCAACCUGACAACCUCUUACAGUCGCGGUAAAGUCGGCAAUGUCCCCACAAAAAUGUCUUCUGUUGUCUUGUAUUAUCUUGUAUUGUAUUUGCAGGAGAAAAAGAGACUAAAGAGACUCCACGAGCAGCAGCAGCAAGAGGCUGGAAAUAGAGAAACCGAGGAGGAAGACUUACCGAAGAAAAGAAAGAAGCUGUCAGCUGACGACCACUAA